GACAUAUCAAUAGCAUGCACAUCUACUGGACUCGGUAUACAUAUAUUUUAUAGGUCUUUUGCUGAUCUGUACAAAUGAAUGCGGAUAAAAGUGUUAUUGAGACAGUGAAGUCACUCGCAACAGACUUUUAAAGAUUUUAGAAGUGUGUGGCACUUGCUUUAUCGAUCACUCGGGUAGUUUUACUUGGCAUUGCGGAAGCAAUAAAGUAUGACAAGCAAAGUGUUUCAGAAAAUGUGUAGCAACGUGCUUGGCGUCAACAUCCAUUGGUAAAAGGUCUACGGUACAAUACUACUAUAUUAUUCUUGUGACAGAUGUUGAGUGUCACUGAUGUCAGCUGUUUGUAGCAUGGCACUCAAUUACCUAUUUCUUACACUGCAUCUGCUUAGUGUGGUUCCAAAUGGAUGUGCUCAGGAUGACACUGCCAACAGGAACACACCUGGAACUUUCUUUUUGGAUUCUAAUGCUGACUGUAAUGGUCCUGUCCGUGAACUAUAUGGUCAAUCAGCUCGAGUUAUUGGUCAAGGUGCAGACCAAAGUAGGCCUGGGCCUCAGAGCUGCACUCUAAAACUGAAGUCAACAUCUACUUAUGAGCAAACCAACAUUGCAAUUGAGGUGGUCAGAGUCACCAUUAACCAGGACAAUGUGCGAUUCACUAUGUACGAUGGAGAUGAAGGAAGUUCAGUGUUGAGAGCAUAUGACAAAAACUCACAGAAUAAGCCAAACGAAAGAUUCUACGUGACAAGUGGAGACACUGUGACACUCAUCUUAGAAAGACAAGAUAUUACCAAUAGUCUCUUUGACAUCGAAGUAGUUGUUACACCAAUUUCUUCUGGUGUAAACCCUGGGUAUGAAAAUAAUUAUGGCACCGACUAUGGAUUCUUCAGGGAAAAAAUACCAAAUGAGGCAGUUGUUGGUAUUAUUGGAGCUAUCCUUGCAAUUUGUAUAAUCCUCCUCAUCAUUUUUGUCGCUGUUUGCCAACAUCGAUAUAAGGGCUUACACAAGCCAUGGGAGCAACACCAGCUGUCUUCAUUCCAAGCACCAUCAUAUGCAUACGAGACAAAAAGUGGGAUGAGUGAUGCCUCUUCUAACAUUUGGGCCUCCAACAUGUCUCGACGUGAUCCUCCUGCAAGACCACACAGCAGGAUGCCACGCCAGAGUGAAGAUGCAGACAGUGUGUUUGAUGAUGACAUGCCUACUAAGAAACAGUUACUAGAGCUGGAGCAUCGAAGAGAGCAGGAAAAAAGCAGGUACAUCGGGCGACCAAGCAGAGGACAGUUUUCCAACACUUUUGUUCAGGCAGAUGAUGAUCAUCCUCAGGACAACUUUGUAGAGCGAGUUAUUGUUCCUCGUGUCCAUCAACAUCGCAGCAUGAAGCCUCCAUCCUAUUCUGAGGCUGUCAGUGACACAGAAACUGAGACAGACAAAACAGAGAUUGAAGAGGAGGAGGAUGAUGACGACAAAGACGAGGUAUCAGAGGAUGAAGAGGAAGCACAAGCAGAAUCGGAAUCCGAGGCUGAAACAUCACACAACAGUGAGGAGGAUGAAGAGGAGGCUCAAGCUCCCAGACCAGUUCGACCUCCACAGGCUACUGGAAAUGCACCAACCACUGCCUCUCAACCCCCAUACCAACCUGUGCAGUAUGUUGGUGGCUAUCCCAUGAUACCAAGCCAGUUUGUUCCAGUCAUGGCUGCUCCUUUGCAACCCCAGUUUCAUCCUCUUGUUGCAGGCUCAGGUUUUCCGCCUCCUCGAUAUCCAGGUGAGACUCAGCCACAAAAACCGAGCGUCAGGCCUACUGACCCCCCUGUUUACUCAUAUCUUGUGCAGCGAGGAUACACUCCCUUGGAUGGGAGACACAGUCCUGCAUCCUCAGCCAAUACCAGCCAAGUCUCUGAUGAUAGGGACAGUAGCCAGCUGCACAGUGGAGUGGAGUACAUGAGACGAUGAGACUGGCACAGAACUUCAUGUCCUCAUGCGUCUCAUAAAUUCCAGAGCAUGACAUACAUCACAGAGUAUUACUAUUUUCCACUAUGAUACUGUCAGCAACAGAUGUGCCUGUUUUCAUCUCUUCAUUAUAUUGCUUUCAUAAUCAUCUGAAGGUGUGAUCUUUGUGGUUACAUUCCUGAAAGUUUUCACUUCGAAAGUUUACAUGCACAUGACUGAAAAAUUUCACUCUUCAAUAUAUUCAGGACAUUUAUGUGCACUGGGCUUUUUUAAGAAAUGUAGUUUAUUAAAAAUUAGUGUGUGUACUUUUAUUUGUACAUUUGUAUCCAGAAUUUUAAAAACUGCUGUACAUAACCAGUUUUGCAAGCAACAUAUUUGAUAAAAACAUUUUCAGCAACAUUUAUGAAUUCUUGUUUUUGAAUACUUCUAUUUUUUUCAUAACCUUCAUGUUAGCACCUGAAUAUUACUCGAUCUUAAAUUUCAUUGGUUUACAACAGGCAUUUAUGCAUCAAUCUAAAUUAUUUACAAAUACCAUCUAAACAAAAUUUUUAAUGCACAGUUUUAAUGUAUUGGUGCACAUUUGACUUCCCUGUCAGUUUGUCUCCUAGCACAAGAAUAUAUAGCAAAAGAUGUGGACUUAAAUUUGGGUGAAGAGGUGUCAGGAAGUCACUACAGGUGUUGUCACAUGCAUGUCUUUUCACAAGUGUGCCACAAAACUCAUUUGCACUUCUGACAGUGAAAUUACAGCUACCCUACUGCAAAUAUGAAUAUAUAAUAGGAUUUAUAUGAAAAAAGUAUAUGCAAACAAUAUUUAGGAUGUUGAAGUAUCUGUGCUUAUAAAGGUAACCUGUGCUCUUUAAAUAGCUUUACAUAAAUAUGCAUGGAUAAAAGCAGUUUUAUAUAUAUGUGACCCUCCACGAUGAAAUGAGUCUUAAGUUGCACAGAGCAGUUUUGUGCUAGAGGCCCCAAAAGGUGAUAAGGGUCAAUUUUGUGCAGUUUGGCUUUUCUGUAAAGAUGGAUUCCUUGGUUAUUAAACUAUCAGGAAAAUACACUGCUAUGUUAAAAUAAAAGUUAGAAAUUGACUUACGUUUUAAUUGAGUUACAUUACUGCGAUUCGUACCAAUUACUGCAGAAAAAUAACGAAAUUCAAAAGCUGUUUCGAUACUGUUUCCCUGUCAGAACCCCAUCGUGAUAUACCUUGCCAGAAAGCCCGGAGUCUGUAUGUUCAACUUCUUUAAAGAACGAUUCAAAUGCUAACCAAUCAAAAGAUUUGUCUGCAAAAAUUUAGGAGUAAACAAAUCUGGUCGGCCAUCUCGACAAAAAUCUCAGAAGCAGCUUUUCUCGAAAUGGUUGCCACUGUACUUUCACACUUUAUAACUCACUCAAUUUUAGGACUAGAAGAAAAACUUGUGUAUCAAAAGAAAGUUCAGAAUCUAUACUUUUCAAAAAUAUGGAAUUUGGCAAAUCUCAAACUUCCGACAAGACUCAGUUUCCAUGGAGGGUCUCAUAUAUAGUUCUUUUCAAUGCAUAUUUGUUGCUUAGUUGUUGGUUUUUUUGCAGUAAUUACAAUUAUUUAAGAUGUUUGAUCUGUGUAGUCUUCUGAUAUAGAAUUAGUUUGAAGAAUGAGUGCAGAGUGAUAAAAAUAUAACUGUAGCUGAAUUUUCUAGUUUGUUCAGGUAUGGAAUUGUAGUUUGUUAUAAUACUGAUCUACGUGACAAUAAAAAAUAAACAUUCUUAGGCUACA